CUCUACUCGGGACAGUGUUGUUGAUUAUGUGGUGCGUUGUCGACGCACCAGCCACUUGAAUUCUGCCAGUUCGUCGGUCCCCACUCCAGGUUGACGGUACUCAACAAGGCGACUCUUACGAUAGGCUUCACCAGCAUCCUUCUUCUGCUUUCAGGGUUGCUCUUUAUGAGACCUACCAGUCAAACACCGGCUCCACCCCGGAACAUCGGCAAGCCUGAGGUCGACGACAGCGAAAGACGUGGAUUUAACCAUACAACUGAAGAAGUUGAAAGCGUAGCGGAGAGCACUGGUCAUGAUGUGGAUGUGAGGGUCUCGAAGCUUUUAGUUCAUCCGAUAAAGAGCUGUCGAGGAACGUCUGUGCAGUCAAGCCGGUACACCUCAGAAGGACUAGAGUUUGACAGACAAUGGUGUGUCAUUGAAGCCGAUACUCAUAAGAUCAUCACAGCUCGUGAAUUCCCAACUAUGGUACUCAUCACACCGACCAUAGAAGAGAACGGAGGCUCUCCGUAUGGCGGUACACUAAAGAUAUCGUUCCCUGAAGGCUCAGGCUGCCGUUCGUUAUCGGUCCCGUUACGCCCAAACGCAGGUUUAUUAAAAAAUUGGGGAAUUCUUCACGAUGCAGAUUUAAUGGGCCGUCUUGCAAUAGAUGGCUACAUAUGCCAGGAAAUGCCUGACGCUGAGAAAGACACCUCAAACACCGUCAGCGAAACGUUUUCCGCCUAUUUCAGGAGGCCUGUUCAUCUGGUCCAGAAGGGCAGUUCUCCACGACCAUGCUUGCCUUCGACAAAUUAUCCCGACUUCAAUGCUACGGCCCUCUAUCAGGAUAUGUAUCCUUUACUCAUCUUAUCUGAAGAAAGCAUGGCGGAAGUUGAUCGGGAAGUCCGUUCCCGAGUGGGAACUCAACAGAUUGACGAAUGUUGGAAGACAGAUAAGGUUGCAAUUGAGAGAUUCAGGCCCAAUAUAGUUUUGAAAGGAGGUGGACCUUGGGUAGAAGACCAGUGGACGGAAGUUUCGAUUGGUACCAAAAUCGAGGUUGCCAAAAAUGCCCCUUCUAUUCUCAUCGUCGGGAAGUGUGUGCGAUGCACGCUACCAAACGUUUCGCCAGAAACGGGAGAGAAAGACAAGUCGGUUCCGCUUAAAGUUUUGAUGAAAUUUAGAUUGGGUCUUGAUCCUAACCGUAAGUACUCUGCUUGUGUCGGCACUUGGGGGGCACCAUUACAGGAGGGAGUAGUAAAAGUCGGUGAUAGGGUUUUCGUUCGGAAGAAGCUUACUGAAUAGUCUUUUAUUUCCUAUGCGUCCGUGUGACUUCAUCUCUCAAUCCUGAAGAUUAUAUUCUCCCAGUUCUUUUAAAGUUGCAAGUCUAGAC